AUGAAGGUGUUUCUCUACGGCGUACUUGCCGUGAAUCUGUUGGCGGUGACUUUUGUCCUUUUGGAAUUGGGGGACCGGCUGCCAAUUGUGAAAGCUUUGAUAUCCAACAAGAAAGAAACCACUGAGAAAGUGUCAGCACCUGUAGCUCCUGUAGCUCCUGCCAUUGAGAAUGUCACAGUAUCCCCAGCAAACACCACAGCACCACCAACAGCAUCACCCACCACAAAGCCCGAGCCAUCCAUUCGUGUUGAGAACAUGCCAGCUUCGGCAUCGCUCCCAAACAUUGCUUUGACCGUUCGGUUGAACACUGACUUUCUCGACAUUACCAGAGGCGUAUUACUCAAGUCCUUCAGUGUGUUUUGGCCCAAGAAGACAGCAUGGCCCCAGUCUUCGCUGGCUAUGGUGUGGGAUGAAGAACUCCCUCAGGAUAAGCAAAACUCGCUCGAAUUCCCUCAAUACACACAUGUUUUUGAAAAGCUCCCCCCCGAUGGAACCCUGUGCUCUGCAAUGAGGAGUGAGGGCUAUGCUCGCCAGCAAUGGUCCAACUUCAUACAAGACACACUCUUCAAAGAGGAGGACGCCCCAGAGUUUCUUGGCUUCUUGGACGCCGACAGCUUCUUUGCAGCGGCUGUUCAUCCUAGCGAAUUGUUUGACUAUGAUGAGAAGAAUCAGCGUUGGCGUCCUCGAGUCAUCGGCUACAACAGUUGCUGUGUUGUGUGGGGAGCUGAAACGACCAAGCUGGCUCUGCAAGGGGGAGAAACUGUUGGCAUGUUCAUGGUUGUCAUUGGGUUUCCAAUUAUUGUCAAGACAAAGCACCUAGCAUACGUCCGAGAUGUUGUGGCAAAGAACCUCGUUGGGGAAACAGGUUAUGAUGCCUUUAACAAGGCAUUCAACAAGAUCUGCAAUACUAAGGGAGGGUAUUCCCAGUUUGACAUUAUCAUGAAUGUUCUGUGGAACUCACCCUACAGGGAUGAAUACUCAUGGACACUCCGAGAUCAAAAGACCAGUCAACAUCCGGCCUUCAAAGAAACUCUCUCCAGCAAUCCAGAGGUUCUGGCGAAGGAUGAUUUCAAUGCAGCUGUCCCGAAACUUGGUGUCAUGAAGCAUGGUCAUGAUCCUGCAAUCAAGGCGAAAAAAGGUACUCCAGAGUUCAACAAAAUCAUUGGAAGAAAGAUUCGUUCGGCAAUGUGUCUGUACGCUGAUGCUUGCUUGCAUGAUCCAGACAACUACUGCACCUCGCGUCGCGCAGAAGAGGCGAAGGCGACGGCUCUUUUCACUGACUGGAUUGAUGCUACAGAGAUACCAGCACAACACUUCCAGAAAUCUACAGAACUGCAUAAGAAACGAAUCAUGGACAACGCAUUUGCUUGGCCAUGGCUGGAACCUUCUUGUGGGAAAGCAGAUUCUACCACUAUGACCUAA